GAUCCGAUUACAGCCAUAACUAAAUCUUCGCUUAAAAAAAGUACUAAAGCAAAACGAAAAAUCAAACAUGAAGUGCGUAACUUUGAUCUGCAUGUUCUUCGUGGUCUUGGCCAUCGUCGAUCUUGCCUACUCUGAAUCCGAUUGCAAGGCUGGUGAUGUUAAGCAGGAAUCCUGCAACACCUGCAAAUGCGUCAACGGUGGAUGGGCUUGCACCAGGAAGCGCUGCUUGGAGAAGAGACAAAUCAAAUGCACACCCAGAGAGACUUUCAAGCAGGAAUGUAAUACUUGUAUUUGCAACGAACGCGGUGACAAUGCCAUCUGUACUUUGAAGGCUUGCCUCUGAAGAUGAUCAACUCUCAUUCUUUGUGUAUUUUCUCUUGAUGAAUAUUUAUAUUAAUUCUGGAUUUAUUUUAACAAAUACAUUUUAUUUUCAUAGAUAAAUCAAA